GGGCAAGACAUUGAAACCACUCUUUUUAUCUGUAGUAACUGGCAUCACUGUUCUUCACACAAUGACUGUAGUGUACCAUGUGUGUUUUCCUCUUCAGAGUGGAUGUGGUUUCAACCCACAAGUUCACUUUUCUUCAGUUCAACUGUAAUUACAAGCUGAACUUGGAAAAUCGAAGUGAAAACUUUGCAUAAAAAGAUCAGGAGAAAGACUUUUGCUAUACACCUCAAAAUAUUUAGCCACAUAAAGAUGUUGUUCUUUUCCAAAAGUGGAGUGUUUAUUUUAAAACCGUUCCUUUUCCUGGAGCUAAAAGAUGAUAUGCAGUGAGUAGUGAGGGAUGGGGAUAAGCCCGGGGGCGUAUCUGUGUUGAGGAGGAACUUGACACUGAGCCUGAUGGUGAUUCUUCAGCGGCCAGCGGGGGGCAGAUUCAGUUACUCAGCUCCAUGUUUCAAACUUCUCUCGAGUCUGCUGUACUUAUGUGAUUGAUUACGGUGCGCAGCUGGAGGACCAGAGGCUUUGCUGCAGAGUCAUCCGUGGUGAAAGGGGGAGUAGCUCUGGCAGACCCUUUGGCAGACGCAGUCCUGGGGCACGGCCUGCCAUUGCGUCGCCAACUGUCCGGACGCUGAGGUUGUGUUUCUGGGAAAGCCUCCUGUGCGCUCUUCUGUUUUUCUUUUUUGAACAGGGCCGAAUCAACACAUUUUUCGUUGUAUGUCGACUUCAGGGAAAAUAAAUAACUGGACGUUAGUUGGGCUACAUUGUCUGGAAGAUUCUCGUGCUCCAAUGCGCGCAAAAGGAGAAUGAAAGAUAGCUGACUCAUGAAAAGUUGUUUUGUGCAUUUUGUUAUUCUAACAACUUUUUUGAGGGAAAAUCAAAGUGGAUUAUUAAAUUGCCAUGAUCUUCUGGGAUUGAACUUCUAAUUAGACGUUUCUGCCAUGAAGGUUUUGGAUCUUUACGCAUCAUUUUUUAUCUAAUCAGUUUGUGUAAUAAACACUAUUGAGAGGGUUGAAUGUCUUUUCGUCAGAACACUUCUCAUGUGUGGCGUCAUCUGGAUUGAAUUCCUUCCAAUGCGCUAAGACGCGUCAGGAUUUACGGGUCUAUCCCGGAUCAUAAUUUUUUACAGUGAGUACUUGAACUACUUACAGAAUGCACAGGUCCUUUGUGUUGAGUUUGAUGCUUUUAUAUGCACUGAGCUGGACAGGGCUCACUGAUAAGCCAACGCACCCUCACCGUGUUCAGCUCUCUAGACGAGCGAGACAAGGACGUUUAGCGAGUGCCUUUAACAAUAAGGAGCGUGUGACUGGGCGAGCGCGCCCCAGGUUUCCCUCUGACCCCUCAGACCAGAGCCCCAGUAUAGUGGAUGAUGUUCAGGCUGAUGAAGGGGCCCCUGUGUUUAGAAGAACGGUGCCAAGGAGCGGCAUGCUCCAAGAUGAGGCCAGGUCUAGAGUGGCCCGCAUGCCCAGCGGAGCGGGCUCCCCAAACCUGCUGGCCAGUUUCGCUGGUAAGAACAGGGUGCUUGUGAUCACUGCACCCCACGAGUCAGACGGGUAUUAUCGCCUGAUGAUGUCACUCCUCAAACCGGACGUGUAUUGUGAGCUGGCGGAGCGGCACGUGCAUCAAAUCGUCAUGUUUCAUCAGGAAGGAGAGUUGGGAGGCAAAGUACGGAGGAUCACAACGGAGGGCAAGGUCAUAGAGGAGCCGCUGGACACUGCGCUCAUCCCCAGGCUCAUGAGCUUCCUCAAAAUGGAGAAAGGUAAAUUUGGGAUGGUGCUGCUGAGGAAGACUCUGCAGGUGGAGGAGAGGUACCCAUACCCUGUGAGACUGGAGGCUGUGUACGAGGUGAUCGACCAGUCACCAGUGCGGAGACUGGAGAAGAUGAGACAGAAAGGAUUUGUCCAGAAGUGUAAAGGAGCUGGAGUCGAGGGCCAAGUGGAGCAGGGCACAUUCACAGCUGUUGAUACUCCAGAAGACAGAAAACCGCCAAGACGGAGAAAACCAACAUCAACUACGACCACAACUACCGUCACCAUGACAACCCCACGCCCCACCACCACAACUACCAAAGCGACUACUACUACAAGACCAACUACUACUACUACUAAAGCUACUACUACGACUACUAAAGCGACUACUACUACUACAACAAGAGCUACUACUACUACUACAACCAGACGGACCACAACUACUACAAGACGACCCACCACCACGACUACGCAGAGGACCACCAGAGCUCACACCACUGCGCUCUGGCUCCCUCUGCCCCGGACCACCUCAGACCCUGAAGAAUACUACAUCAGGAGAGACAGGACCAGGACUACCCCAGCAGGAGACAACCGCACAGACAACAGAGACCCUCAUGGGCGUAAGCAGGUGCCAUCUCUGCAUAAACCAACAAGGGUCAAGCCAAACAAGAAGAAAAUGCCAACAGAAAAGGUCUUAACCAAUGAGUAUGAAGACAGGUUUGAACCCAGCCGGCCAACGGACAGUGACCUUGAGGAAACUCUCUCUGAAACCAGCCCCAUCAAAAGAGUCAAAGUAAAGCAAGAUAAAGCUGACAAGAAGAAGAAGAGGACUGACAAGGCUGCCAAGAAAUCAGAGAGGAGAGGAGGGAAGGAGGGCAAGAGUGGAGGCAAGAAAAACGGAAAGAAGCUGUCAAAGUAUCCUGAAAUAGAUGAAUAUCCAAAGAUGACAAAGAGACCUACGCCCCCGCCGAAGGGCUCUCUGGCCACGUUCCUGGAUUACUUUGAGAACAGGAGAAGGCUGCUGCUCAUCACAACGCCCAGUGAAGACAACAGUAUGUAUGUCCAACAAAGGGACGAAUACCUGGAGUCUGUGUGUGAAAUGGCCAUCAGGAAAGUCUCAAUUAUCACAAUCUUUGGCACUUUCACAAACUCUACCAUGAAGAUUGACCACUACCAGCUAGACAAUGACAAACCGAUGAAAGGCCUGCGUCAGGAGGACCUGGUGAACCAGGAGCUGAUCACUGAGCUGAGGAGAGAGUUCAGCAUGAUGUACGAGGACUUCUACAUGAUCCUCACUGACACUGACAUGAGAGUCAAGCAAACCUAUGAAGUCCCUAUUGCUAUGAAGGCUGUGUUCAGUUACAUUGACACAUUCUCGACUCGGAUCAGAGAGAUGGAGCAGCAGAAGAGAGACGGAGUGGCCUGUAAGAAAGAGGACAAACCCCGUUCACUGGAGAACUUCCUCUCCAGGUUCCGCUGGAGACGCCGACUCUUCAUCAUCUCGGCCCCCAGCGAUGAAGAGUGGUCCUACCAGCAGCAGCUGUACGCUCUGUCCAGCCAGGCCUGUAAUCUGGGUUUGAGGCACAUCGCCAUCCUGAAGCUGGUUGGAACAGAGGCUCUGGACAUGGGUGGAGUUUUGGAGCUCUAUCCUAUCAAUGGCACAGCCACAGUGGAGCGUGAGAGCCUGUCAGGCACUCUAGUGAAAGACAUGAGGAACUAUUUCCAGAUCAGCCCUGAGUACUUUUCUAUGCUCUUGGUGGGAAAGGACGGCAAUGUAAAGUCAUGGUACCCCUCGCCCAUGUGGUCUAUGGCCAUCAUCUAUGACCUGGUGGAUUCUAUGCAGUUGCGCAGACAGGAAAUGGCCAUCCAGCAGUCUUUGGGCAUGCGCUGCCCAGAGGAUGAGUAUGGAGGGUACGGAUACCACCAGCAUGGAUAUGAACACGGAUACCAGGAUGGAUACCACCAGGGCUAUGGCUACAAAUAGACUAUAUAUAUUUUUGUAAUGUACCAAUGAUGAACUUAAUGAUCUGAAAGUACUUUUCAAGCCAACAGUUUUUUUUUAUAUUGAGAUCAACAUUUCUGGAUGGUUUAUGAAGGUUUUGUAGCACUUAGUGGAGGCCAAGAAUGCAGCUUUCACCUCUCAGUUUACAACAUAAUGCAGUAAUUGACAGAUGGCUUGGAAGCAUCACGAGAGGGCAUGUUCAUUGAGUGCUCUUCUUUAUACAUGGUUUUAUUACCUUUGUUUAUCAUGUCAUAUUUUCAGUCAAACUCUAUUGUAGAAUUGAAGUAAUGAAAUAUUAUAUUUGCUGAUGCAUUAUAAAAAGGCACAGAUCACUCAGAAAAGACUAUGGAUUUUUCAAUGUUGUAAAAUGUGUUUUUCUAUAUAGUCUUUUAUUUAUACUGUAUAUUGUAUUAUAUGACAAAUAAAAAGUGGUUACUUUGU